AUGAGCAAAAUUCUUAUGGGUCAAGAUGAAGAGAUUGAAAUUUAUACUUAUCAUAUAAACACUCUUAUUGUCAUUGGUCAUCUUCCUGCUCCAUACAACAAACGUCAUAAUUCUAAACAGCAUUAUACAAUGUACAAACAUCGCCAACCCAUAAUCUACAGUAAACGUCAGUAUUAUGAUUUAGAUAAUUCCACAAUAUCUUCAGCACCAAUUUCGAAAAAUGGAAAUUG